AUGGCUCUAAAUUACAGAAUUUUAUAUAGGAAUUGUUAUAAUAUUAGAAACCUAAUUAAACCGGUAAAAUGGGAUAUAGGCAAAAAUUACCCCAUUCGAAUUCUUUCAAGUAAAGUUUGUUGCCAUCACAAUUUUGUGAAUAGGCCAUUACUGGAUUUCCAACAAGUAAGCUUUUCAGCGACGAGACCAUGUACUUCAAUGAACGAUCAAGAGAAACCCAAGCGGGAAGAAGAGAAAAAAGUUGGUUUGAUCCAAAGAUUUAAAGAAAUGUACAGGGAUUACUGGUAUGUGUUACUUCCAGUACACAUGGCGACUUCCGCUGUAUGGUUCGGUAGCUGCUAUUAUACUGUUAGGAGUGGGGUGGACGUCAUUAGUAUUUUAGAGUCCCUAGGAGUCACAGAGACACUCUUAAAACCACUGAAAGAAUCUGGUGCUGGAUAUUUUGCACUUGCCUUUGCCUUGUAUAAAUUGGUGACACCAUUGCGGUACACAGUUACAGUCGGUGGAACCACUUAUGCUAUUAAGAGAUUAACGGCACUAGGUUGGAUUAAACCAGUUCCAUCUAAAGAGAGGCUGAAAGAAAUGUUACAAGAAAAAAAAGACUUGCUUCAAGAAAAGAAAGAUAAUCUUCAAGACCGUCUACAUGAGAGUAAACAACAUUAUCAAGCACAAAUACAGGAAAAACGUACACAUAUGAUGGAUGAAAUGAGAAGAUAUAAAGGAGAAAUGCGCGAAAUGAAAAACAAAGUUAAAAAGAUGUAGGUAAUCAAAACAAACAACAGUACAUAAAAUAAGUUCAUAAUAACUUUAGUAUUGAUGUAAAUAGUGAUACUAUUUUGAGCUAUGUUAUUCAUUUUAGUCUUGUGAGACAGUAGAUAGGAGUUAUUUGUUUGUUGUCUAAACAUAAUCUUGGACAAAAUGUAAAUUAAACUGUUAUUAUAUUUUGGAUUUAUUUAUUGUUUUAAAAAUAUUUAAAUAUAAAAUGUUCCUUAACAAAAUUGUUUCAUUACAACAUACUAAACAAUCACAAAUAGCUGUCUAAAUUCUGAUAUACACAACAAAUUUCUUAUAAUUAAGUACACAACACAUCAGCACACAACUGGAAUGUUAUAUAACACAUUUUGAAACUACAAUAAUUAUUAAACAUAAUCGUUUUCCUCAUUACAAUAAUGCAGUUAGUAUAUUUUUGAACUGUUAAAAUGCUGGUAACAGUUAUUCAUUUAAAGCAUGGUGCUGUUGUGUAUUACUUCUUAAAAUAGUAAAUGCAUUUAAAUUAUUAUGACAUAAAAAAAGAAUAUACUGCUGAUUUUUUAAACUUUGUAAACAUCUUCCCAGUAAAUAAUCAAUAAUAUUCCAAUCUUGAGGUGACAAAUGCAAUUAAUGUUUUUGAAGCAAAUCACAUUUUUUCUAAGUAUUCAAUUACAUCCUAAUUAUUCUACUUAAAUAAAACUAUAUUAAUGCCCCUACUUUGUCUGGGAAUAAUAAACAGCAAUUAAUUUAUUGCUGAAUUAGUAAAUAUCCACCAUGUUAUUUUCAAAUAUUACACUAAACUAAUCUACAUAUCCACUACUGAAGCAUCUAAAGUAUUUUUGUAAAUUUUGAGCACUAAUAAAUCUCUUAUUAAUUUAUAAAACUUAUAGUACAGUCAAUGAGAGUAACUUUGAAGUUUAGUGUAACUUAGUAAUUUCCAGACAGAUCCAUAUAGGCCUGCAAAAGGACAAUAGAACCAGGAAAUUCACGAGUAAGAGUGGUGAAUCUACAUCAAUAGAGUAGAUCAAAUUACAAUCAUGAGCUCUUGUUAAAUGCUCAAUGUUAAAAAUGGCUAAAUGGCUAAAUGUUAAAAAAUUACAAAAAAAUAAAAUCCAGAGGAAACUGAGACUCCAAAUGAACUAAAAAAACCGAGUGAGACAGCCGGACAAUGAAGCUUACAUCCAAACUUUGGAAAACAUUUAACAACUUUGGGAAAAUGAAAUGUGUCUAAACCGAGCAUAACAUUUUAAAAACAUUUGACAGUAAUUUGUACAUUUAUCUCUGAAAUAAGAUCACCAUAACAUAAAACCAGAUGUUCUAAAAAACUAAGAGACUAAUCAAAGUUACUCAAGUUGAUAUGCCCAUGAGGUCCCGGCGAUUGCCGGCAUAUAUCCCAACAUAAAAAGAACAGCAAUUACAGUAUUUUAUGGCUUUUUACCAAAGCUAAUUAAUAUACUUUUUUUAAAUCUGCCUUCUGUUAACUAGCGUCUUCCAUUAAUUAUCCAAGCCUUAUUACAUUUGAGCUACAAUAAAUUAAAGCCAAAAUAUUAAACGAGCCCAACACACUAGUGUUUUCAUUAACAAACAAAUAAAAAGAAUAUUAUGACACUAGAGUAAAUAAUUUAGUUAUAACUCCAUUCACAUCUACUGAAACUAUGUUUCGUUAAGUUAAC